AUGAGGAUUAUUUGUUGGAAUUGCCGAGGUGUUGGUAAUCCUCGUGCAGUUAAUGCUAUGGCGGAUCUUGUUUUUUAUUAUAAACCUUCUAUUUUAUUUCUUAUGGAAACUAAAGUUCAUGGUGUAAGAAUGAAUCAAAUAAAGAACCUUUUGCAUUAUUCGAAUUGUUUUUCUGUUGAUAGUAUUGGUAUUGGUGGGGGUUUAUCUGUUGAUAGUAUUGGGUUCUAUGGUUGUCCUGAACCAACUCGCCGCCGCACUUCUUGGAACCUAUUGCGUGAGCUAUCUUCACGUAAUGAUUUACCUUGGUUAUGUUGUGGGGAUUACAAUGAUAUUGCAGCGCCUGAAGAGAAGAGUGGGGGAGAGGGGACUCCAUUUUGUUCUAAAGAAAGGUUGGAUCGUGUAUGUUCUAAUACAGCUUGGAGUGGUAUUUUUCCAGAUGCUUUAUCUUCACUUUUGGUUGCUCCCGUGUCUGAUCACAACCCUUUGUUAGUUGAAACUACUGCUCCUACUUGUCAUAUAGGGAGUAGGCGUAUCCGUUUUGAUAAUUCAUGGCUCGAGGAUCCUGAGCUGGGUGAGUGGGGUCGGAACAGAAAUAAAUUGAAACGGGCUCAGAAAGAUAUGAUCAGAAAACGGCUUGAAGAAGAUCUUGAUUCGGCUGAUGCAAGGGAGGUGCGUCGGCUUAAGGAGCAGUGGAAUCAAAUUCUAGCGGAAGAGGAGAUUAGAAUUCGCCAACAAGCAAAGCUCUUUUGGUUUCGCAAUGGAGACAAAAACACUAAAUAUUUCCACAAUAAUAUUAAGGCGCGAAGAAGGCAAAAUCGUAUUGUGGAAAUUACAACUUCGGAUGGCUCUAUUUCUUCUGAUCAGCAUGUAAUUGCGGAUACUUUUCAAUCAUAUUUUCAGAAAUUAUUCUCUGGUGCAGUUGCCGAUUUCGGUGAGGUGAUUAGCUUGGUUCAGCCGAAAGUUGAUUCUCAUGAUAAUGCUAUGUUAACUGCAACUUUUGUUGAUGAAGAAUUCAGGCACGCUCUUUUCCAAAUGAAUCCAGAUAAAGCGCCAGGAUUAGACGGCCUUAACCCAGCAUUUUUUCAGAGGCAUUGGAAGAUUCUUGGUCCAGAUAUUUUGGCAUUUGUCCCGAGUCGUCUGAUAACUGAUAAUUUUAUUAUUGCUUUUGAAACAAUACAUGGUUUAAAGCAACAAACUAGGGGAUCUGAUGGUUUUUGCGCUUUGAAAAUUGAUAUUGCUAAGACAUAUGAUAGGGUUGAUUGGGCCUAUUUAAGUGCAAUGUUGUCUGCUUUGGGGUUCUCUACUACCUGGAUAGGUUGGAUGCGCAUGUGUUUUUCAGAUAUUAUUUACAAAAUUGCUCUUAAUGGUUCAGAGAUUGGGCCAGUUAUUCCAACGAGGGGGUUGCGUCAAGGUGACCCGAUUUCACCUUACCUUUUUUUUAUUGUUGCUGAGGGCUUGUCUUUGCUUAUUCAGAACAGAGAGAGUCAGGGGCUUAUUCAGGGUUGUCCAGCAAAACAGGGUUGUCCCAGAAUUUCUCACUUGUUUUUUGCUGAUAAUUCUCUGCUCUUUUUUAAGGGCACAGUCAUGGAGGCCUCACAGGUGAUAUCUCUUUUAGCAGUUUAUGAAAAGGCGUCUGGGCAGUCUAUUAAUUUUGACAAGUCUGCUAUCAUGUUCAGUCCUUGCAUUCGUGAUGAUAUUUGCAUUGCAGUUUCUACGAUUCUCAACAUUCAUCAACCUCUGGGUACUAGUACUUAUUUGGGACUGCCUUCGCUGGUUGGAAGGAGUAAAAAGCAAAUCUUCAGUUUUCUGAAAGAUCGGAUAUGGAAACGUAUUAAUAGCUGGAACAACAGAUUUCUCUCACGGGCUGGAUGUGAGGUCCUUAUUAAAGCAGUUCUUCAGGCUAUCCCUGCAUAUUGUAUGAAUGUGUUUUUACUCCCAUUGGCUACGUGUAGUCAAUUGCAGGUGAUGUUGAACAAAUUUUGGUGGAGGGGUGGUAUGGAUGAUCGGAGAGGUAUUAAUUGGCUGGCGUGGGACCGUAUGUGUGUUCAGAAAGGGGAUGGUGGUAUGGGUUUCCGUGAUCUGCGAUGCUUCAAUGCUGCAUUGUUGGGUAAGCAGGGGUGGAGGAUUUUAUCCGACACAAACUCUCUUCUAUAUAAUGUGCUCAGAGCAAAAUAUUUCCCAUCGGGGGAUUUUAUGUCAGCUUCGUUAGGUUCUAACUAUAGCUAUGUUUGGAAGAGUGUUCACUCAUCUCAACAACUUUUGGUGCGGGGUACUCGUUGGAGAGUGGGAGAUGGUAGAAGCAUUUUUGUUAAGAAUAAUCCUUGGUUGUCAAGUGAUUCAAAUUUUGUGCCGAAUGAUCCUAUGUUCAUUGAUGAUGCCAUGCAUGUUAGUGAUCUGUUUGUGCCUGGAGAGUUGCGGUGGGAUUUGGAGAAGGUGUUGAAUAUUUUUUUCAUGGAUGAUGUGCGAUCUAUUCUAGCUAUUCCUUUGCCACUUAAUCCUAGACCGGAUAAGCUUAUUUGGCAUUUCGAGAAGAGGGGCUUUUAUAUGGUCAAAACAGCAUAUUAUUGUGCGCUUUCUAUGCUUGGUCAGCAUCUAAGGGUGGGUACAUCGGACUUGUGGAAGAAGGUGUGGGCUCUUGAUGUCCCUCCAAAGGUUCAGGACUUUAUAUGGAGAUUGUUUCGUGGUGUUUUGCCUACUCGCGACAAUUUGACUAGGAGAGGUGUCGACGUUCCAUUGGGGUGCUUGUUUUGUGAUGCGAAUGAGUCUAUUGACCACCUUUUCUUUUCUUGUCCCAUGGUCGGAGAGGUCUGGAGACUAGUGGGUGUUGCCUUAUCCAAUUCUUGGUUGUCAUUUCAAGACUUAUUCCUUCAUAUCCAUGCUAUCCAUAGUGCUGCCAAUACUUUUUAUACAGAUUAUCUUGAUUGUGGUCUUGAUAAGCAACGUGCACCAGGUCCGAGUCUUCUCUCUAAUAAUGCAGGUUCGGCUUCUAGUGCAUCGGAUUGGCUAGCUUAUGUGGAUUGUGCCACUUUCUCCACUUCGGAUUUGUUUGGAUUUGGUGUUGUGUUCGAAGAUGCUGAAGGAGUUUUUUCAAUUGCAAUUUCUGGUUAUACUGAGGGUCGUGGUUCUCCUGCUAUUGCUGAGGCAUUGGCCUUGCGUCAAUGUUUAAUGUAUGCUCGUGAUGCUUUCCUGCAGGCUGGAAGUAUUUUCAUUGAUAGUCAGAUUAGACGUAGUGCGAAUAAGGCUGCUCAUUUGUUAGCAAGACAGUCUAUUCGUUUUGAUCGUUUUAAACUCUGGGUUAAUAUGCCUGAGUGUCUGUUUGAGCAUUAUAGUUCAAGAUAA